AUGUUGUUCUUCGGCGGCCCGUCCUACAACCCCGACAGAGAUAUUCCCAACCUAUCCGACAAAACCAUCCUGGUGACAGGAGGCAACAACGGCCUCGGGAAAGAAUGCAUCAAACAACUAGCAAAGCACAGCCCAGCGAAACUCUACAUGGGCGCGCGCAGCCUCACCAAAGCCCAAGAAGCAGUCUCAGAAAUCAAAUCCGCCGUCCCUCUCGCCGAAAUCCACAUCCUCGAAAUCGACCUCGCCUCAUUUUCCUCCAUCAAAGCUGCCGCAGCCAGAUUUCUCUCUGAAAAUGAGCAUCUCGAUGUCCUGGUAAACAACGCUGGCGCCUUUGGCUCCCCGCCCGGUCUGACCGAAGACGGAUACGAAGUCCAAUUCGGCACGAAUUAUAUGGGCUCAGCACUCCUCACCCGCCUACUCCUCCCGAUCCUCGAAGCAACUGCCAGAAAGUCUGGCUCUGGCCCUGCUAAAGACAGAGACGUCCGUAUCAUAAACAUCAGCUCCGAGAUCUACCGCGCAGCCCCGAAAGGUGGUCUUCUACUCGACCGUGUGACGAGCCCGCUGGCCGACCUCAGCACUGUCGCCCGGUACGGGCAAUCAAAGCUCGCGAACAUAUACUUCACGCAGUCCUACGCUUCCCGGUACCCGCAUAUCAAAUCCGUGGCACUGCAUCCGGGUCUGGUGAAGACGAAUAUCGGCGGGGGGAUGACAGCGAACCCGAUCCUGGGGUUUGUUUUCGGUCUGUUUACGAGAGUCGCUGCGGUUGAUAUUCCUACUGGUGUGUUGAACCAGCUAUGGGCCAGUACUGCGGAAUCGCAAGAUGUGAAGAGCGGGGCGUAUUAUGUUCCUUUUUUCAAAGAAGUGAGCAAGACGGGGAGUUUGGGGGAUGAGAGGAUGGCGGAGGAAUUAUGGCUGUGGACGGAGAGGGAGUUUGCUGAGCGAGGGUUAUGA